AUGAACGAUAAAAAUAAUCCUGGUUAUGUGGAACGUAAAAAACUAAUUGAAAAUGGAGAAGUUGAAAUGUAUAGCAACCUACACUGCGAUAUUUUCAACUCAGAUAAAUUUAUGAUAAACGGUGUUGAAAUGUGUGUUAAAUUAAUUAAAGCAAAAAAUGAAUUUCAUUUAAUUGGAGACGACAGUGGUGAAAUAGAAAUCGUUGAAGCUAAUUUAUUUGUGCGAAAAGUCAAAAUAAACCCAUCGAUAUUAAUUGCACAUGCUCGUGCGUUGUCUGUAGCAACUGCUAAGUAUCCUAUCACAAGAGUGGAGGUAAAAACCAUUACUAUUGGCAGUGGAAUCCAGAGCAAAUCGUUGGAUAAUAUUUUUCUUGGUCAAUUACCUAAAAGAUGUAUUAUUGGGAUGGUUGAUAGUGGCGCAUUUAAUGGUUCACCGCAUUUGAAUCCGUUUAAUUUUCAACAUUUUAACUAUAAUUACUUGUCGUUAUAUCUCGACUCCACCCAAAUACCAACAAAACCAUUAACACCAAAUUUUGCUAAAAAGAAAUACACUAGAGAAUACUAUACAUUAUUCGAAGGCAGUGGUAUAAAUUUUGCAGACACAGGAAAUUCAAUUACACUUGCCGAAUAUCCAGACGGAUACUGCUUAGCAGCUUUCGAUUUAACUCCAGAUUUAUCUUGUAGUGAUUCGCACUGGAAUAUUAUUCGAAGUGGAGUGUUACGCGCAGAGAUUAGAUUUGAAAAACCGUUGGAAAAGACCAUUACAGUUAUAUUUUUCGCAGAAUUCGAAAAUUUAAUUGAAGUUGAUAAGAAUCGUAAUAUAAUAAUAGAUUAUAGCAGCUGA